UACACCAUUUCGUUUCAGAUAACGAGCAAUCAGAAUCCGUUCAAUAAACUUGACCACAAGUAGAGGUGUGUCCAUCAUGAUGUAAAAACAAAUUUUCUGAGUGAAGAGUAGAAUCCGCCAGUGUCUAAGAAAUCAUUAACUUUCUAAGGUUAUCAUCAAGUCUCAUUCGUCUUGGAAGUGUUUGGGAUGGAUUCUGAGGAUCCUUCAGUCUCCCGUUUCAGGGAGUUUCUUCGAAUAAAAUCCGUUCAUCCUAACCCUGAUUACGCUGGUUGCAUCGCUUUCAUACAACGCCAGGCACAAGAAAUUGGACUUGAAUUUCAUCAAGUAAAUUUCGACCCACCCGCAGAAUUUGCCGUUUGGGUGACUUGGCGUGGGACAGAGCCGUCGUUAAAGUCCAUCAUGCUUAACUCGCAUCUUGACGUCGUACCAGUAGACGAGUCAAAAUGGGACUUUGAUCCAUUUUCGGCCCACAAGGCUUCAGACGGAAAUAUUUAUGCUCGAGGAACUCAAGAUAUGAAAAGUGUUGGAAUACAAUAUCUGGAAGCUAUACGAAAAUUGAUGGCUAGUGGAUUAAAGCCCAGACGAACAAUUCACGUCACUUUUGUCCCAGACGAAGAACUUGGAGGGACGAAGGGAAUGGUACCUUUCGUAAAAUCUCCAGAAUUUCAAAGGCUCAACGUAGGGUUUGGACUAGAUGAGGGGGGUGCCUGCCCUGCCAAUAGCUUCUUGCUGUUCAAUGCAGAAAGAGCUCUGUGGCAAAUUCGCAUCACAGUCAAAGGAAAUACUGGACAUGCGCUACACUUCAUUGAAAAUACGGCAGCUGAAAAAUCGCGAAAGAUAAUAAAUGCAUUCCAUACCUUUCGAGAAGAAGAGAAAGGGAAGUUAGGAGACCUUGCGGCAAUUAAUUUGGGAAAUGUCACAACGGUUAACAUGACCAUGAUACAGGGAGGAGUUCAACCUAAUGUAAUCGCCCCAGAAAUUGUCAUAACUUUUGAUUUGCGGAUUACCCCAAAAUGGUCUCAAAUUGAGGCUGAAGACUUUAUUAAAAAAGUUUGCACGGAUGCUGGGGAUGAAAUUUCAUGCGAAUAUAUUCUAAAAGGGCCGGUUAUACCAGAGACUCCAAUGACACCUGAAAAUAAGUGGUGGACCAGCUUCAAGUCGGCAUGCGAUUCAGAAGGAAUAGAACUGCUUCCUCUAAUUUGUCCGGGAGCCACGGAUGCAAGAUUUUUAAGGGAAGUAGGAAUUCCAGCGUUUGGAUUUUCUCCCAUGAAUAAUACCCCAAUUUUACUUCAUGAUAAUAAUGAAUUCGUAAACGAAAAUGUUUAUUUAAAGGGGAUUAAAAUCUACGAAAAAAUUAUUCAACGUCUUUGGAUGACUGAGGGGGAGUAAUGGUUAUUUUAACUAUUAUGUAUGUGUCAAAAACUCUUUCGCUACGGGUGGAAUUUAAUUUUAACCACUAAAUGCCAACCUGAAUAAUUGCGUAAUAAAAUAAUGAGAAAUAGACAUGUUUACAUGUGACAUUAA